AUGGCGUGUCGUGUCCACCCUGCAUGUACCCCUCCACCCUACAUCUACUGUACACCUCCACCCUACAUCUACUGUACCCCUCCACCCUACAUCUACUGUACCCCUCCACCCUACAUCUACUGUACACCUCCACCCUACAUCUACUCUACCCCUCCACCCUACACCUACUGUACACCUCCACCCUACAUCUACUGUACCCCUCCACCCUACAUCUACUCUACCCCUCCACCCUACAUCUACUGUACACCUCCACCCUACAUCUACUGUACCCCUCCACCCUACAUCUACUGUACACCUCCACCCUACACCUACUGUACCCCUCCACCCUACAUCUACUCUACACCUCCACCCUACAUCUACUCUACCCCUCCACCCUACACCUACUGUACCCCUCCACCCUACACCUACUGUACCCCUCCACCCUACAUCUACUCUACCCCUCCACCCUACAUCUACUCUACCCCUCCACCCUACAUCUACUGUACCCCUCCACCCUACACCUACUGUACCCCUCCACCCUACAUCUACUCUACCCCUCCACCCUACAUCUACUCUACCCCUCCACCCUACAUCUACUGUACACCUCCACCCUACAUCUACUGUACCCCUCCACCCUACACCUACUGUACACCUCCACCCUACAUCUACUCUACCCCUCCACCCUACAUCUACUGUACACCUCCACCCUACAUCUACUCUACCCCUCCACCCUACACCUACUGUACACCUCCACCCUACAUCUACUCUACCCCUCCACCCUACAUCUACUGUACACCUCCACCCUACAUCUACUGUACACCUCCACCCUACAUCUACUCUACCCCUCCACCCUACAUCUACUGUACACCUCCACCCUACAUCUACUCUACCCCUCCACCCUACAUCUACUGUACACCUCCACCCUACAUCUACUCUACCCCUCCACCCUACAUCUACUGUACACCUCCACCCUACAUCUACACUACCCCUCCACCCUACAUCUACUGUACCCCUCAACCCUCCACCUACUGUACCCCUCCACCCUACACCUACUGUACCACUCCACCCUACAUCUACUGUAAAAAUACACUUUAG